AAUUUGCAAAGGGAGGUAGUCGUUAUGUCUGGAGAGGAUUCAUUAAUUGAGAUUCGCCGCACCGAAUGGACGAAGCUAAGGGCUCUAUAUGCCCACAGGGAUACCGAUCCUCAGGGUUAUCCUUGCCUUAAUAAUUUCAUCAGUUGGGUGGAAUAUGAACCCAGUAUAGAAGCAAAAAUCUUAUCUCUAAAUGGCAACUGGGAAGACGACGGAACCUUUUUAUUAACUUUGGAUUUGGAUGUCGGCAUCAAGCAUCUGUAUUUCAACACACUCUCUGAUAAUUUGGACCGUGUGACAAGAGCUAUUGAGUGCCUGAAAAACAUAGAGAAUGAGUAUACAUUCUUCGGAUUUUGUUCACGUCUGAAACCAGUGGUUGAAACAAUUUCCAAAAAAUAUUACACCAAGGAGCUUCAUAUUGUGGAUACUAUUUGGUAUCAGGUCAGCAAAGAUCUGAUAGAUACUUUUAAAAUUGAAGCCCCUACUGGAAUUACUUUAUCAAACUUAAAAAUAGAAGAUGCCGAAACUAUCAAUGAAAUAUGGCCUCAUCGAAGCGAUAAAUCGGUUAACUUUGUGCGACAUCUUAUAAAAUUAAAUGUUAAUGUUGGAGCUUAUGAUGAUAAUGGAAAAUUAGUUGCGUGGUGUUUAAGAUUACCCAUUGGCUCCUUGGGCUUACUGCAAGUUCUUGAUACCCACAAACGUCUGGGUCUGGGAAGCUUACUAGUAAAAUCUAUGGCCAUUAAAAUUUCCGCCUUGGGGGAUCAAGUUUUGGCUCCAGUGGUUACCAAAAAUAUUCCUUCCCGGACUAUGUUUGAAAAGAUUGGUUUCCGCGCCAUCGAUACAAUCUAUUGGGCUGAUUAAAAAAAGACA